GUCAAGCACAGAGCACAGUUUCGGUUUUGGCAGCAGUAACCAGUGCCUGACUGGAAGAUUCUAGAAAAGCAGGGGUACACACUGGCUGGCAGACUGUGCCCCGAAACUGGAGCAGCUGGAGAAGGAAGUGGCUAAAACAUCUCAUAGAAGCCAACCUGAAUGGCACAGCCCCCCUGGAAGCCACCAGCAAUGAAGCUCUUCGUGUUCGCCAUCCUGCUCGCUGUCCUCCCAGCGGUCAUCACAAAAAGCCCCAUAUUUGGUCCCCAGGAUGUGAGCAGCGUGGUAGGUAACUCGGUGUCCAUCACAUGCUACUACCCAGCCACCUCUGUCAACCGACACACCCGGAAGUACUGGUGCCGGAAAGGAGCCAGCGGCCUCUGCACAACCCUCAUUUCUUCAAACGGCUUCAUCUCCACGGAGUAUGCAGGCAGAGCCCAGCUCAUCAACUUCCCAGAGAAUAAUACAUUUGUGAUUAACAUUGCGCAGCUCACCCAGGAUGACACUGGGAGCUACAAAUGUGGCCUGGGCACCAGUAACCAACCCCUGUUCUUCGAUGUCAGCCUGGAGGUCAGCCAAGUUCCUGAGUUCCCAGAGGACACUCAUGUCUACACAGAGGACCUGGGCAGAACUGUGACGAUCGAGUGUCCUUUCCGAACGGUGAACUCUGCUAAGAAGAAAUCCUUGUGUAAGAAGAUAGGUCAAGCCUGUGAACUUAUCAUUGACUCUAAUAAUGUGAACCCGAGCUAUGAGGACAGAGUAAAACUUGCUAUGGCCGGCGGGACCGGUGCGUCAAAAUUCAUUGUCACCAUUACUAACCUAAGACGCAGUGAUACUGGGCUGUAUGUCUGCCAGGCUGGGGAAGGUACUAAUGCUGACAUAAAGAACGCUGACCUCCAGGUGCUAGAGCCUGAGCCAGAGCUGGUUUAUAGAGAUCUGAGAGCCUCUGCGACUUUUGACUGUGCGUUGGGCAGUGAGGUGGCAGAUUUGCCCAAAUAUCUGUGCCGGAUGAACAAGGAAACUUGUGAUGUCAUCAUCAACACCAAGGGACAGAGGGAUUCAGCCUUUGAGGGCAGGAUCCUGCUAACCCCCAAGGACGACAAUGGCCAUUUCAGUGUGUUGAUCACAGGCCUGAGGAAGGAAGAUGAAGGCCACUACCUGUGCGGAGCCAGCCGUUCUGGCCUGCCUCAAGAAGGCUGGCCCAUCCAGGCCUGGCAAGUCUUUGUCAAUAAAGAGUCUACAAUGCCCACUACUCGCACUGUGGUGAAGGGUGUCACAGGAGGCUCUGUGGCCAUUACCUGUCCCUACAACCCCAAGGACAGCGGCAGCCUCAAGGCCUGGUGUCGCUGGGAAGCAGAUGGAAACGGGCGUUGCCCGGUGCUCGUGGAGAGCCAGGGGACCGUGAAUGAAGGGUACGAGGGCCGACUGGCGCUGUUUGAUCAGCCAGGCGAUGGCACCUACACUGUCAUCCUCAACCAGCUCACCACCCAGGAUGCCGGCUUCUACUGGUGUCUUACUGAUGGCGACUCUCGUUGGAGAACCACGGUAGAACUCCAGGUUUCUGAAGCUACAGGGAAGCCAAACCUCGAGGUGACACCACAGAACGUGGAAGCCGUGCUAGGAGAGACUCUCACGCUCGACUGCCACUAUCCCUGCAAACUCUACUCCCACGAUAAAUAUUGGUGCAAGUGGAGCAACGGGGGCUGCCACACCCUGUCUAGCCAAGCUCGCCAGUCCUCUGUGAGCUGUGACCCGAACAACCAGCUCAUCGCCCUGACCCUGAAUCCAGUUGAGAAGGAAGAUGAAGGCUGGUACUGGUGUGGGGUGAAGCAAGGCCAGACCUAUGGAGAGACUACAGCCAUCUACAUAGCAGUUGAAGGGAAGACAGGGGGGUCACGCCAAGUCAGCGCACCAGACGCCAACGCACGGGCCAACGCCGCUCCAGCAGAGGAGGUAGGUGAAUUCAGCGCCAGCGAGAUCGAGAACAAAGCCGUUCCGGACCCCAGACUUCUGGCAGAAGAGACAGGGAGAGAGAGUGUGGGAGACCAAGCUCAGGACAGCAGAGCGUCGGUGGAUGCUGGCAGUACCGAUGGACAAAGCAGUGGGAGCUCCAAAGUGCUGUUUUCCACCCUGGUGCCCCUGGGUCUUGUGCUAACAGUGGGUGCUGUGGCUGUGUGGGUGGCGAGAGUCCGACAUCGGAAGAAUGUAGACCGGAUGUCACUCAACAGCUACAGGACAGACAUUAGCAUGGGAGACUUCAAGAACUCCAGGGAUUUGGGAGGCAAUGACAACAUGGGGAUCUCUCCAGAUAUUCACGAGACAGUCCUCGAAGGAAAAGAUGAAGUCGUGACUACCACUGAGAUUGCCAUAGAGCCAGAAGAAUCCAAGAAGGCAAAACGGUCAUCCAAGGAGGAAGCUGACCUGGCCUACUCAGCCUUCCUGCUCCAGACCAGCAACAUAGCUGCACAGGUCCACGAUGGUCCCAGGGACGUCUAGGCAGUGCUGACCACCUACCCCUGCCUGUGACAAUCAACCCGAGAAUCACCCUGAUCCACUCACAGCCUGAACUCACUCGUCUCCUGACCUCUCCCUCCUGUCCUCAGAGGUGUGGUGGUCCCUUCCUCAGUUAUCAAAGCCCGGCCUCGCUGCGCCUGUCUGGGAGGUGUGAGGAGUUCCGACCUGCAGCUUUUCUCGGCUAAAGGAGUAAUUAAGGUGGAAAUAAGGAGUAAAACCUGAGAGACAUUUCUGAGAGAAGAGGGUUCGGAGUUAGGUAGGGCGCACCUCAGGUGGGAGAGCCAUUUGAAGUUUCUUAUACCAUAUGAUGGGAGGUCAGUGUAACUCUUCUCUCUCCAUCCCUCCCUUCAUCUCUUCUCCAUUCGAUAAGACACAUCUGAGAGUUUAUUAGAAUUCAGGUGCCUACUAAACGCUGAGCUCCAGACCACAGCCUUUCUACACACACCACUGGAAGAGGCCCCAUCUCCUCCCAGAGUCUGACUUUUCACUGACAUGGCAUCAGUACCAGGCAUACCUUCUGCCCCAGCACCCUUUAGGGCAACAUAAGAAAUCCCUGUAGUCUGAGGCAUACGUAAGUCAUAAGGGCACCAUGGUUUUCAGAUGGAAGAGACUUGCUCUAUGGCAUCAGUGAGGUAAACCAGUGUCAAACCAGAUCUGGAAACUCCUGGCUGUUGACCUGGGAUCUGCCUUCAAGACCUCUUCCCUUAUUAGAAGGUGAACUUUGGUAUGAGGAAGUAAGACGAAAUAAGUAAAAUGGGCAUGGCGUUGUAGACGUGCAAUCCCAGCACUCAAGAGAUAUAGAAAUAGGAUCAGAAGUUCAAGGUCAUCCUUAGCUACGUAGGGAGUUUGAGGCCAGCCUGGGAUACAAUGAAGACCUUGUUUCAAAGCAGAAGAAGGAGGAGGAGAAGAAGAAAUGCAAAUGGAUCUUUCCCCGGUGUCACCUUUCCCCUUCCUGUCACUCACGUGGACCUCAGAUAAAGGAACAAAUGCUCUCGCCGUCUUGUAUUUAGAGAGUUUUGAGCAGACAGGAAGAAGAUUGAGCCUGGGAGCAACUGUUCUUCUAAGAGUCAAAUUAAAAGACUGUUUUUCUCUGCACUUCAACCAGCACCUACAGGCUGAAACCAACAAAUCAGAAAUGUCAAUUAAUAAUUAAAGUCUAUGAUUGCUAC